CUAAUAGUUGGAACACGGUUGGGUCGGGUUCAACGGGUUGUGUAAUCCAAAAUCCAAACCCAACCCAAAGAGGCGAGUUGUACAAAAGAAAAUCCUCACCCAACCCAAAACCUUCGUUUUAGCGAUAAAUACGGGUGGGUUGGGUCGGGUUGGACGGGUGGGUUGGGUCGGGUUGGACGGGUGGGUCGGUUUGCGGGUGUGUUUGUUCACCCCUAGUGUGGAAUGCUCUAGGCCGAGCUCAUUCCCCAUUGAACAAAAAUAUUAUUAAUAAAUAAAUAAACUUGAUGUGGUUAUUGUGGGUUAACCACCGUGGGCAGUGGUUAACCACUAACCACAAAAAUCAAUAUUUUGCUACCCACAUCCAACCCACUAUCCACAAAUUGUGGGUAUGGUUACCCACAAAGAGUGUCGUUUGGUAGGGCUGGCUAUUUGGUCCGGGUUUUUUGGUUUUACCCGAAACCAGACCGCAUAACCCGGACCGAGACCGGAUAGUAAACAAUCCAAUCCAAUCUUUGGGCUUAGAUUUGAUGUAAAAAAUCGUUCGGCACCGGAUAAAAAACUGGAUAAAGACCAUAAGAGAGCUCAACACCCAAAACUUAAGGGUAAUUAGCAUAAACGAUCACAAACUUUUGCACUUAGUACAAAACUUAACCAACUCCUCACCCUUUUAGGCCUUAGGCCACUCAAAUUCGCACAAGCUCAAUAUAAAAUCAAGACCAAAUUGGGACCGGACCGGGUCAAGACCGGACCAGAUCAAAACUGGACUGUAUCCAGUCCAAUCUUUGGUCCUUAUAUUUUCAAAAAGACCGGACUGGACCGGAUUGAUUUGGGCCAAUUUAACCAGAUCGGACCAUAUAGCCACCCCAACCAUUUGGUGCGGUUUGCGGAUUGCAGCGGAUUACUGCAAUCCGCAAACCAAACUUCCACCCAUGGUAACUCACAUCACAAUUCAUUUGGUGUUAAUAAUUUUCCGCUCCCUUGUAUGUUUUCUUAAAAUCGACAAAAACCGACAUAUGGGUCGGUCAAACAGACUGAAUUUCAAGUUUUGGCCCGUUUUGAUCAAGUCUAAUUUAUAAUCACAUGGUUCCCUGAUACCCGAUAAAAAUCUCAAUCCAAACCAGUUUGACAGGUGAGUCAGUGUUUACCACCAAUUUCUAGGGAUACAGGAACGGUGGUUCCUAUCCCAAAUCGUGUUAUUCAUUGUUGAUUUCUUUAGAUUUUAUCAUGGCUUUGCAAAAAACCAGAAAGCACAAUGAUAACAAGAUGAAAAUUUUAUAAAGCAAAUUAAUCGGCCAACCCGCCGAGUAAAAGCUAACAACGAUUGUGAGAUGCUCAUUUCCCGAAAACCGGCGGGAUAAGCGAUUUUUAUUCGAUUUUCUGGAAUUCGAUUUCUAUAAAACUUACUCAACCUCAUCAUAUUACAAUAAACAAUAUUGUUUCACAAGGUAACAGGUACUUGAUUUUGGUUCAUAAGGCUGAUUUUUGAUUCGUUGCAUCAUUCAUGUUUCUUUCUUACUAAAAUGCACUAUUUUUAUCACGUGUUUCAAAAAAAAAAAAAAUUAUACAACAAUAAGUUAUACACUCCAUUACAUUAUCAAAUUUCGUACACCAUCCUUCCACCAUCCUUCCACCGACCAAAUGGCGGGCCACGCUAGUAUCUAUACUAUAUAUUAUGGCAAUUCAAAAGCAAUCUCUUGCCACAUAAACACUUGGAGGAUCCACAAUUUGCCAAGUUGUGCAACUUUUUUACAAACAAAAAAAUUAGUUAUUAAUGUAUUUAUGAAGCUACCUCUUUCUUCUUUAAUAUUUCCAUUUCUUUUAACCUUUUUUUUUUUGCUUUAAUAGUAUGUUACAUGUUGAUAAACUUAACCAAACACACAUAAAUAAUAAUUUUUUUGUCCAGUAAAAAAAAUAUAAAUAAGAAAACAGAAAGUAACAUAUACCACAUUUGUUUAAAUAAAAAAUAUCUGAUUAAACCUUAUGAAGUAAUUUUUUACUCAUUUUUACUAAAAUUGAAUGAUAAGUUACAUUUUUAUGGAAAUUAGACAAACAUACACAUAAAAAAUAAUUUUUGUUAUUAAACAAAAUUUAUAUGAAAAGAGAGAAAAUAAACAUUUAACAUUCAAUUACCUAUGAAAAUAAACUAUAUUACUUUAUAUUUUGUUGCAAUGAAACACUCUCUUAUUCGUAAAUUAUAUGUCUAUAAAAUAAAAUAAGUAUUAUUUAGCAAAAUGUCAGAGUAUAAUCUUGAUCGAGUAGUUAUAAUUAUUUAUUUAAAAAAGACUUAUUAUUCCUCACAUCAUGUUCUACCUUAAACUCCUCAAAUGAAGAGAAAUCGCAUGUGCAAUAAUUUUAUAAUGUGUCCUAAGUUCACAUUAAUAAUAUUUGUUCUAUAUCAUGUUGAUUGAGCAAGCUCUAUUGAUGUCAUAAGUCGUAUGCUAAGAAAUUUUCUUUCAGACUUGGACUUAUCGUCAACUAUUAUAAAUAAAAAUUUUCAAAAUGACUUAAGUAUGAUUGUUGACGAACUUUGACUUCAUACUCUCGGAUGAGACACAAGAUUCCUUAAAAAAAUAUAAAGAAAUGUUAGAGAAUCUUUAUUGAGAAUCUACGAUAAACAUCGCGUUUCAUCAACUACUAACCUAGAAAUUUAGCAAAUAAAGGUUGGCAAUUUUUAGUAAAAUAGUCAACAAUCAAGUAUCUUUAUCCAGUAAUCUCAACUCUCAAAAUUGGUUGACAGUUCGUCCAAACUCGAGAAACACGAAUUGAUAUAUGUUGUAUAGAUAAUAAGUUAAUGCAAAUAAUCAAAUGAAAUCCACCGAUAUUGUUCAAAUGAUAAGACAUUUUAAAUGCAGUUGAAAUAUGUGUGUAUUGUAGACACUCUUUAUCAAAUAUUAAUAUAUAAGUGAUAAAAUCUUUGAAAAUUACACAUUCAACGACCAUGUUAAGACCAAAAUCCUCGAUAGUGUGUGCGAGUGUCUUAGAUUGAGAUUCUAAGCCAACAUAUAAACAAUGACCACGGGUUGAACUUCAAAAAUUAACAAUUGAUACAUAUUGUAUAAUAUACUAAAUUUAAGUGUCUUGAUAGAAAAAAACUAACAUCCAAAAUGGAAAUGAGUCGAGAUUAUAGAAUUUAAUCAUCACGAGGGCUACGGUGUGUGUCAAGUUUCAAUAUGGAUGAAUAAAUUGAUCCAAUAAUGAAGUAUCUUUACUAAGAAUGUCUCACUAAAAAGUCCCAAUCUUUACAACAUUGGUCAAGAGUUCGUCCAAGCUUGAGGCUCAUCAAUGUGUAUUGGAUUUCCAAAGGACCUAAAAUCUCAAUCCCUUUCGGGGGCUAAAUACUUAUGAUCACAACCAUAGGUAUCAAAGAAGAAUGAAAAGAAGCACAAAAAAAGAACAUAACCUCCGAUACGAUGAACAGAAUAAAACCAUAUCGAGCUAUGAUCCUUUCAUCCCUACCCUUUUAUUCUCCAUAAAGGGGGGCGGCGGGAGAGGAUAAGAAAUAAAUAGCAUCAUCUUAGAAUUUCCCUUUUUAUAUAUUAAAUAUCAAACAAUAGACAACCUCAAUGGUUGUCUGACGUUAUGAGGUAAAAGCGGGAUCUCUAUCCCGAGGGUGGGGAUAGGCGAGUAGCACUUAUAUAUAUAUAUAUAUAUAUAUAAAAUAUCAAGGUAUACUAUAUUUUCAUUUUACUCAAGAUACGAUAGAAGAUAGGUAUGACAAAGUAUUUGCAUAAAUUAGAGGUUAGAGAAUUAGGGAUUAGAGUUCACCUAUUAGAGGUUAGGGUAUAGUAUCAUGCCCCAAAAAACUCCGGAGUCUAAAUAGUAAAACUCAAUGGUCGUAUGGUAGUGUGUGUGGUUCAGGUUGGCGUACGCUAAAUAUUAGUAUUUUGGUUGAAAAAUUUUGACAUAAGUUAUAAGUGGGACGUGACAGCGGCAUAAUUUAUGAUUAGAAAACCGAAGCAUCAGAAGUGAGUGUGCUAAAUAUUGGAAAUUUUCAAUAUAGACAUACUACAAACUCUUUUAUGAAUCAAGAACACAAAAUAUUUAGAAGAUCCAAAAUGAUUUAAACAUAUAAAUAAGUUAAUUAAUAUAAAUUAUAAAAUAAAUCUCUCUCGCUAACGGGCCGAGUAUAAAGCUAGUUGUAAAAUAUAGCCAACCACAAAAAUUCACGGGCAAUAUCGACCCAAAAAGACGCUAUAUUUGAUAUGUCCACGGAACUCUCACCCAACUACUAGCCAAGUGCCCAAGUCCAUGAUCCAAAACAGCGGAGAGCCAGAGACUUCCUCUUUGGGCGGCACUGUCUCUGGUUCUCCUUGUUCGCUCUAAAUUACGCCCACUUCCACAGUUCUUGGAAUAAUGGGUCCAAUGUCCAUCUUGGGACAUGGGGCAUCUAUAAAACCUCCAAAGUUCACACCCGGACCCUUCCGUUAUAGACGCGAUUCGAAGCUACAUUCCAGCUCUCCCAGAGUAGGAUUUCCGAUUUUACAGGAAACCCACACCAGCAUUGCUGUAACUCUUCCUUUCAGGCAGUCUACUCUCAGGAUUAGAAGUCUUCCCCUGGAUGAUGCUGGAAAUUUUGAAGCUUACAAAGAUCAUGAUGGUGAAAAUGGGGGUACUAGCGAGAUACUUGAGAAUCAGAGAAAUGAAUCUACUGAUACAGAGAAUACAUUUCUGCUGAUAUUAGUUGCUGCUCUUGGUGUGGCUGUGAUUCUUACCAUUGUAUCAGCUGGUCUAAGAGAGCCCAGCGUUGGAUCCUUUUUUGGUGUUCAGUGUUUGUCUGAAAGUUCAAAAACUACACUAACUGCUGUACCUGUGGGUUAUAGUUUCAAGGCUUUUGGAUAUCGAAUUAUACUUCCGGAAUAUGCACCAGGGUGGCUUUACUUUUGGUUGCUCAUGGCAGCUGGUUUUGGACUUUUCAUCAGUGAAGAAGCUUUAAACAUUUGGGUUGGCAUAUCUUUGUCACGGAUGCUGUCUUUGGAUGGGACAUGGCAGUCUUUUGCUGCAUCCUUCUCCAAGAAUUCUGCAUACAUAACGUCUACAGUUUUAUGGGUAUACUGGGGAGUAUGUAUCAGUGAUAUGGUACCUUUCUACCUAGGAAAGCUUUUUAAUAACACCGGAGCGUCAAAUGAUAUCCGUGCAAAGAUAGGCAUUAGUGAAGAGAAGUUCCUGAGCAUCACGGGCAUUGUACAGAAGUAUGGAAACCUUGCAGGCUUUGUGGAACGAUUUUCCCUGGGAGUGAGAAAUCCAACAGCCUUCCUAGCUGGUUCACUGGGUGUAUCGCCCGAAUGCUUCUUCGCUGGAGUUUGCUGUGGUGGUGUAGUCACACUUUCAGUGCAGCUGGGGAUUGGAUUCCUAUUGAGGGAGCGUCCCAUGUUUGCCCUGGCCACGGUAGCUACUGUAGUGGGUAUCUGGACCGUGUUCCCUUAUGCCAUGGCUGCUUCAACUGCUUUGUUCCUCUAUUUACAACGUCGACAUACCACAUAGGUCUCCUUCAGUCUAGUCCCACAACUCAGGAAGGAUCUUCAUAUAGAAUUUGCUGGAUGGGUUUCCAAUGCUUGCUGAUAACCAUCGAGAACAUUUUGCACGUUCAUCAGGAGAAAGGUAACGUACCAUUUGCAGUAAAUAACCAUCUAGUGUAUGAAGUAGCACAUACUUUGUAAUGUAUCAUUCAUAUUGUAAGCCGAAGCUGCCCCAUAUCCUUGUAAACUUAAAAAGCCACUAACUUUUUCAUGGCAAUGAUGAUGUUGAUUCUUGGUCCAACUAAGAAAUAAAAUGAUGGACCUCCUUCCUGUAGAGGGUUAUAGUACUGGCAGUCUGAACAGCUUUAUCAUUUAGAUGUGUGGACCACUUCAAACUUCAAAGUAAUGAUGGAAGAAUCCAAUGCUAAGUGAUAUCUACUUGCUGCAGCUUGUAGAUGUUUGAUUAGCUUUAUCAAUUAGUGAAAUUCAUCAAGUAUUGAGAUAACUGAGCGUUGUCUCUGGAUGGAUUAUUUGGAUGAGUUAUUUGGUUUUAAAUAACUCAUAAUUAAUGAAUUAUUUGGACCUUG